AUGAGGACGACGCCCAAGCCUGAACAACGCCCAGUUACAACCACGACGAACUUGAGCACGCCAGGUCACGAAUUUCCAGGCUCCUAUCCCAGGGAACUCGAGCAAGAGCAAUCCCGCGGCGAUGGGUCUGAAGGCCCUGCGGCUGGCGCCUCAGUUGUUCAAACCGCGAAGCAGUACAUGCCGGAACCUGUGGGGCGCACCGUCGACUAUGCUAGUAAGACAGCAGCUGCAUACAUUCCCAUCCCUCAGGGCGUCAAGAAAACAGUGGCUUCCUACUGGUGGAUUCAGUCUGAGUUGGACCAACAUCUAUCUACUUCUCUUCCGAGUUCAGAGUUAAAGGGCGCCCAGCCUCAUGAACACGUUGGCGGUGUUGGUUCCCUGCCAGGAACUAUCUCAGAAUCAAGCGUCGCCUUACUACCCGAUGAACGGGCAGAGAAAGAUGCUCACAGAUCGGCAAAAUUGGUAAAGGACGAGUUUCCAACACAAGGUGAUGACCAGGCCAAGAGUGCCGCCUAUCCUUCCGGUGCUGCUGCGGUUGCUGCAAAGCCAGAAGUAAGUACCACCAUGUUUCCACCUUGA